AUGGGUUGGUUGAGAACUGUUGGGAGAGGUGAUUCCCGUAUGGUUUUACAGGCUCAAGAAGAGAUUAUUGAAAUGAAAGAUGUCUUUUCAGUAAAACUGAAACGUCGUCGUUUUGUAGGACAGAAAAAAGGUGGUACUUUGUUGGGUAUCACAAUUUUUAAAUGCUUGAAUAAAGAAGAAAAUAAACUAACAGACUGUGCUAUCCAUUUAAAUAACUUAAGUGAAGAUCAUUGUCAUUCAUGGUUUAGACAUCUAAAGGAAAUUUUGAAUGGCUUUCAAAAUAGACCAAAAUCCUUAAAAGUGUUUGUUAAUCCAAGUAGCCACAAAAGAGAAGCCACUCAUGUUUACUAUGAACAAGUUGCACCUCUUUUUAAGCUUGCUGAUAUCAAAACUGAUGUCACAGUAACUGAAUAUGAAGGACAUGCUCUCUCAGUACUUAAAGAAUGUGAACUCCAGGCAUUUGAUGGGGUAGUUUGUGUUGGUGGAGACGGAUCUGUCAGCGAAGUUGCUCAUGGUCUACUACUUAAAGCCCAGAUAGAUGCUGGAAAAGACACAGACUACAUACCAACGCCAGUCAGAGCACUGGUUCCUCUUGGAGUAAUACCAGCAGGUACUACUAAUAUUUUGGCCCACACUCUCUAUGGUGUUAAGCAUGCAGUGACUGCAACAUUGCACAUUGUAAUGGGACAUAUUCAACCAGUAGAUGUCUGUACUUUCAGUACUCCAAGCAAGCUUUUGCGGUUUGGGUUCUCAGCUAUGUUUGGUUUUGGUGCACGGACUCUAGCUUUGGCUGAAAAACACCGUUGGAUGCCCUCCAAUCAGCGGAAGGAUUUUGCUUUUAUCAAAACACUGGCAGAUCUCAAGCCAGAGGAAUGUGAAUUAUCAUUUCUACCUCUACAAAUUCCACAGGAAGACUCUCAUGAGAAUGACAGAAAGAAGAAAGAGAAAAUUAAAAAAAAGGGUAGCAAGGAUCAAUGGCACAAAAUUCAGGGUCACUUCCUGAAUGUGAGCAUUAUGGCAAUCCCUUGUCUGUGUUCAAUGGCACCAAGAGGCUUGGCACCUAAUACGAGGUUGAAUAAUGGGAGCAUGGCUCUUAUUGUUGUACAAAAUACUUCUCGAACAGAGUUUAUAAAACAUCUGAAAAGAUACGCCAGCGUAAAAAAUCAGUUCAAUUUUCCCUUUGUUGAGACCUACACAGUUCAAGAAGUAAAAGUACAACCGAGGCUUAAAAGUGGGCUUGAUGCCAAAGAAAAUACAUAUUUGAAUGCUGCUUCUGCAGAAGGAAAUUACCCUUGGAACAUAGAUGGAGACUUAAUGAAAGAAGCGUCAGAAGUUCACGUUCGGGUGCAUCCUCAGCUUAUUAAUCUCUAUGGAGUGAACACUGAUGACCUGGAGAGUUUCCAAGCAACAUGCAGUUGCAUAUAG